AUGGAAUUUCAGGAAAGUAGGGACAUAGAAUUUCAGGAAAAUAGGAAUGUAGAUUAUCAAAAGAGUAUAGAUAUAGAUUUCUUUGUAGAACUUCCUCAUGAAAGUAUGAAUAUAGUAGUUCGAGGAAGUAAAAACAUGGAAUUUCAAAAAAGUAAAAAUAUAGAUUAUCAAGAAAGAAUGAAUGUAAAAUCUCGAAGUAUGAAUGUGAAAUCUCAGAAUAUAGAAUCUCAAGAAGAUAUGGAUAUGGAAUCUCAAUACGUAAAACCUCAAGAAAAAGGUAUAGACGUAGAAUCUCAAGAAAGUAUGGAUAUAGAAUCUCAAAAAGGUAUAGACAUAGAAUCUCAAGAAAGUAUAGACACAAGAAGUUUUCAAGAAGAAACAGGACUAGAAAAUACUGUUCUUAUUAAUAUUGAAAGUGUUUGUGAUCAAAAUAUUGAACAAAAUUUACAUAAGACUGUUGAAAUAGCAAUGCAGCUUAACCAAAGUGAUACUAGUAAUACAAUAGUACCUGAUUUGCAUAUAUUCAAUUGGUUUAGAACAUUAUAUACAUUUAUAACUGAAAUUAAGGAAUAUAUACAAAAGAAAGUUAAGUACACUUAUAGCUUUGGAAAGAUGAAAGCUGCACUUAAUUUAGUGCUUAAUAUGGGUUGUAAAGAUGAGUUAAUUGCGACGAGAACGUCCACCAGAAAUACUGUGGUAAAAACUCCACUUAAUACUCUUACCAGUAAUUCUAAUAAAAUUGUUAAUAAUAUUUCAACUAGAUCAACUCAAAGAUAA